AACAUCCUGCGGUAUUCUGGAAUGUUCCAUGGCGUGGAUGUAGUUUUCUGUGAAGUACUUAACAGAAUCUUAACAUCCUGCGGUAUUUUGGAACGUUCCGUAGCAUCUGUGAAAUUUUGCUGUGAAGCAUUUCACGGAAUUCAAAUAUCCUGCGGUAUUCUGGAGCGUUCCGUGAUAUGUGAAGUUGUGCUGUGAAAUAUCACAGUCCAAAAUGUUUUGAUGGUCGUUUCAAAGCCGAUAUCGGUGUUAUUUGUAGUUUAUUUUUAAUACACCUUAUCUCGCUUUUGCUUUGCAGUUUAAGCACCUUUUAAAAUUUUUAGACGUUCUAGCGAAAGAGAAACAUUUUUUACAAAUUCAUUACGCAAACUCAUCGCAUACUUUUAAAAUUGGCUUUAUUUUGCGAAGUUUUCAUCUACUCUUGUUAUUUGCAAAUAUUAAAUGACUAAUAAUAAUUAGCCAACCAAUAAGAGUCCUAAAUGAAUGUUUGAAUUACCUGAAUUUUUUAAUGAAAGCAAAACAUUCUUGGGCCUUAUCUGAUUUCUCAAAUCUCAAUUUGUGUCAAAUUACAGUAAAAAUUCCACGUUAUGUUUGAGACUUGAUCAAUUUUAGUUCUUAAGUUUCUGGUGAAGUUUUCUGCGAAUAUUAUGAUUAUAAUGGAUUAUUGUUGUUUCAUUUUUUUACUUGUACCAAUUUGAUAUGGCAUGCUAAAUGUACAUGUUGCAGUGUACGAUUCCUAAGUUACCGCAUGCCGACGCUGUUCAAAAUAAGGUGCAAGAUCCGGACUUUUAAGAACCAAUGCAAUGGGGUAAAUUUGAGAUCUUAUAAAAUAUAUAAACAUGUCGAUGAAAAAGGAAGUCAUGAAAGCCAUCCAGAACAUCCGGAAAAGACUCACGUGGAAGAUCAACCUUGCGAAGUACACACGCAGCAAAUUCACGCGUAAAGGCAAAGCCGCCUCUAAAUUGUUGCCAAAAAAGAAAGAUACGCACAAUUAUACAAGGAUGGACUAAGCUUUAAGUGACUGAAACAAGCGCACAAAACACAAUAAUAUAUAAGCUUUAAAUAAAACCCCAUUUCUAUCUCUAUCUUUGGGUACUACUUUUUGGAUACGUUUCUUAAAAACUUCUUCUGUACUCCCAUAUACUUCAUUACGAAUUUACGAAGCAUUUUUAUCACAAAGAGUUGUGCACUCUUUGUUGAAACGACGAGAAACCACUAAAAACUGGGUGACAAAUAACGAAGACAUAGAUUGAAACAAGCACUCAAUGUGGAUGGACUGUGUUUGGGUCUAGUUACAGGUACAAAACACGACUACGAAAAUGAUUAACUUCUACACAAAGUUGCUGCUUUCCUGCAUGGCCGCGAUGACGACGCUGAUCCUGGCGGGCGGCGGCGGCGGCCACAAGAAGAUCAUCAUCCACGUGCCGCUCUUCGUGAAGCACCAUCACCACAAGCAUACCAUCGUCAAGCACAUCCACCAUAAGCACGGGGGCGGCGGCGACGAUCACUAUGAAGUACUUGGCUACACCUACGGCCAGCCCAAGGCUGCGCCACAUUUCGGAGGAGGUCACGGAUGGCACGCAGCUGAAGAAAGUCACGGCCACGAUAGUCCAGUGAGUUUCGAAGGUGGCGACCACGGGGGCUAUGCCCUGACCUCCGGUGAUGAGUACAGCGAACACGGAUACUAAGACACCAAAGAAUAACCAGUUCCAUCAGGGAACCUUACGAGAUACCUCAAAAUAUCCAAUGACACUAACUUAAUAUUUACAUACCAAAAUCCGGAUGAGCUACUCUGAACCCUAAUCUAUGUCGAAGAACAGUUUCUGAAUUCACACGCCUAAUGCAUAAUCAGAUGAAACUCACUGAAAUCAACAUCCAAUCAUGAUAUCGGAUUUGUAAAUGAAUGAAUUCCCAAGAAUCAAAUAGAUUGCUUUACAUCGCAAUGCAUCUGACGGAAUUCAACUCACUAAUUGGCGUUAAUGACUGGAUCCACAUCCCCAAUACAUUAAGAAAACGCCAAUGUUUCCAUAAAUCGCUACGAAUUUCAGCAAAUCUGAAAAAAUAUACACGUUGAUAGAUUUCAAUAUCAUCAAACUACACACCCUAAAAGACGCGCUCAGUGUGCGCGCGUUUGAAUCUUUCUAAAUUCUGUUGGGUGUUGUCCAGUAUAUCCGAAUGAAUCCCACGAAAUCCAAACGGACGUGGUACUGAUUGCUGAUUUAAAUUCGGCUAAAUCGUACCAUUACAUACAUCGUCAAGUGCUCCACGGUUACCAUAGCCGUUCUUCGCGUCUUAUGUGCCAAGUUUAUAGACUUUUACAAAACAUUAAAAAAAAAAAGCGAUACUUUGAAAGCACUUGGCACAACGCACACGCACCGUUGCAGUUAUCAGCAGUGACCAGUGAAAUGGACACUAAGAUUUUAAUAGUUUUGCAUGUUCUUUAUUAAAUAUAAUCAUCAAUUUUGAUGUUGUUGUUACCAUGGUUAAUAGUAGUACAUAAUAUUUACCUAUUUAGAUAUCUUUUGAUCCCUAUAGACUGAUUUAGUAUUUCUAUCCGAAUUCAAGGCUUGAAAGAUAUCGCAAUCUUCCCUUCUCUCUUUUUGACUGAUUUUAAAUUUGUAUAAAUUUCAUAUUACUUUAUGCAUAUUGUAGAAUGAUCAGUAGUAGUAAUGAUCAUUAAUUAAUGACAACUGUUGUUCUUGUAAACCUAUAAAAUUUACUUGAUUUAGGUUUGUACCUAUUAGAGUCCCAUGAUAUUUUAAGACUAUCGAGAUUUACAGCUUUAUCAGAGGGUUUAUAGACCUCCGCUGUAGUUGAGCGUCCCAUAAAAUAUCAUGGUUAAUCAUUAUUGGAAAUCUAAUGUGAUAUAUCUUCAUGUAUGUAUUUUGUACAGUUAAUUUAAACUUGUAUACAUUUCUUGUACUUUUUGAAAAAUUGUACUUUUGGAUCGUUAGAUCAAAUUGGAAAAGAUAGUGAGAUUUACUGUUCGGCUUCGUUUCACAACUUAUGCAAUUGUUUUUGUUAAUUAAUUUUAAGAAUUUGUGUUCAUAAUUCGUAUAAUAUUUAAAGACAUAUAGUGAGCAAUUUUUGAUAUCCUAAAUUUAAUUAUCAAAAGCAAUUUAUUUUUUCCCACAAAUAAGGUGAAACAAGUUGUCCAUCCUACGUACAAUAUUUUACUAGUAGUGUUGUAUAUCUAUUAACAUAAUAUAACAUAUUUGAAUGUAUUUUCAUGUUUGUGUGAAUGAUUAUCUUAUUAAAUGUAAGACUGUUGUGAAAAAGAAUAAAUAAAAUAUUUACUCCUAGAUUAUUUUUUGUCUAUGUGCUCAAAUGUUGUCCGUCACGAAAAUAAAUAUUUUUCUGAUAAAAUCUACUGGUUUUUGAUAACCAAUGAUAUAUUUUUGGCCUACGUACGGAAUUCUCAAAUUCAAACGGACAGUAUUUGAAAUAAAAAUGUGAAUAAAAAAAAAAAAAAAAAAAAACUCAAACACAUUAGGUGUUAUCUUUGUCCUUUAUGAAACAUAUUGUAGUCGUCAAUCACAAUAUUACCUCCUAUUAAAUAGUAUAAUAUUAAAUAAGAAAAAAAAUAAAAACGAACCAAUAAGGCAUAGGAACGCACUUCAUACAAUAAAUUAUUAUUUUUGGGUUUCAAUUACCUCUGUCAAUGAUAAUCUACCAAAUACUAUAUAUAUAUAACAUUUUUUUAUCUUUAAAAAAUAUUGAAUACCAAUAUAAUUCUAGACUCAGUCUUUGAAAAUUAUUCGGUGUGUGUCGUAUCCAGUUAUAAGUUUGUAAGCAAAUCGAAUGAUUUAUUAACAAUAAUAUAGUAUUUGUAUGCCCCUUUGCUUCAUUGGUUUAUAAAAAAAAUAUAUAAAAGAAAUGCACCUGCUGAAGGAAUUGAUUCUAUAAGUAUUAUCUAUAAAACAAAUAAGAUGUGAUGUUUGUUCUUUAUAAAUAAUAUAAUUACUGUAACGCAAAUUACAAUAAUGCCUGGUAAUAAAUAGUUAAAUAAUAAAACAAUAAGUCAAAGGAUGUGGCGCUAAUUAACAAGGUUUUUUUCCUGGGUUUUAAUUACCCCUGUCAAUAACUCUCAAAUACUAUAAAUAACCUUAUUAUUUUUUUAAUCUAAAUAUAAUUCUCGACUUGGUCUUACAAAAUCAUUCGGUGUGUGUCGUAUCCAGUUAUAUAAGUUUGUAAGCAAAUCGAAUGAUUUAUUAACAAUAAUAUAGUAUUCGUAUGCCCCUUUGCUUUAUUGGUUUAUAAAAAAAAUAUAAAAGAAAUGCAUCUGCUGAAGGAAUUGAUUCUAUAAGUAUUAUCUAUAAAGCUUGUAUGUUCGAACACUCUUAUCUCGAUAGACCGAUUUGAAAAAUUCUUCCGUUGGAUGAACGUGAUCCCUGAGUGCCACAGGCGACGCCGGGGCGGACAACAAGUAAAUAGCUAUGCGGACAGCCUAUAAGCGCACAAUAUGUAAAAAUACAAAUUUAAAAAAGAACCAAUCCUAUUAAUGUGAUGUUUGUUCUUUUUUAAAAACAUUAUUACUGUAACGCAAAAAACAAUAAUGCCUGUUAUCAAUAGUUAAAUAAUAAAACAAUAAGUCAAAGGAUGUGGCGCUAAUUAACAUUGUUUAUUUCUGGGUUUUAAUUACCCCUGUCAAUAACUCUCAAAUACUAUAAAUAACCUGUUAACUUUUUGUAUCUGAAUAUAAUUCUAGACUCAGUCUUUAAAAAUCAUUCGGUGUGUAUCGUAUCCAGUUAUAUAUAAGUUUGUAAGCAAAUCGAAUGAUUAAGAACGAAAUAUAGUAUUUGAAUGCCCCUUUGCUUUAUUGGUUUAUAAAAAAAAAAGAAAUGCACCUGCUGAAGGAAUUGAUUCUAUAUUAUGUAUUAUCUAUAAAACAAACAAGAUGUUAUGUUUGUUCUUUAUUAAAAACAUUAUUAGUGUGACGCAAAUAACAUCAAUGCCUGUUAUUAAAUAGUUAAAUAAUAGAACAAUAAGUCAGAGGAUGUGGCGCUAAUUAACAAGGUUUUUUUUUGGGUUAAAAUUACCCCUGUCAAUAACUCUCAAAUACUAUAUAAAUUAAUAUUUUUAAACUUUUUGAUCAUUUGAAUAUAAUCUUAAAUUGGUCUUACAAAAUCAUUCGUUUUGUAUUUCCUUUCCAGACUUCCAGUUACAUAUAAGUUUAUAAGCAAAUCGAAUGAUUUUAAACGAAAUAUAGUAUUUUGUAUGCCCCUUUGAUUUACUGUUUUAUUUUUCUUUAAUAAAUUAUUAAAACUGGAAUGCCAUUGCAGAAGGAAUUGACUUUAUAAGUAUUAUAUAGUAAUAGGUUUAUUCGUAAAGAUAGCAUUAAUAAAAUUAUUAAAUAAAUAAAUAAAAUAAAAAAAAAACUAUCUUAUCUAUUUAUCUUGAUAAUGUUGAAUUAAUAAAUGUGUUACAGCUAAACGCACAAAUAUAGAUUUAUGUAAAGAUAUCGUUACCAUAAAAUACAAAGAUUGUUAGUGUUUGAGAAAAUUAUAUUUUCGGA